UCGGAAAGUAAACAACUACAUAAAUCUUUGUGUUUAUUUAUACAUUUAACACAUAGUGUCGUGAUCUUCUUUUCCCCCCUUUAUGAUUAAGGAAUACAAGCCUACCUAUCAAUGGAUCAAUGGAUAAGCAAGUAUCUAGUCGACAAACCAAGAGGAGAUAGUACAUAGUGAUAGGGUGGACUAGAGGCUGUAGCAAUUAAUUAAAACGCAAGUAAUAUUUGAAAACAUUGUGUUUACUUGUAUGAGAAAAUAUAUUAUAAUAAAAAUGACACCACACAUCGAAAAAUAAAAAAAGAUAAUUCAAAUUUCAAAUGCAGUGCAUCAUAGACAAUUAUAUGUGGACAGCACCACGACCCCCAACGCAUAGGCCUUUGAAUUUCAGUUUGGAUUCAAUAUGUUUCACGAAAUAGGAAGAUCUUUUAAUAUGACCUACCGAUGUUAUUCCGUCUCCAUGUUACCAGGGAAUGAGAGACAAGAUGUUGAAAGGGGAGGAAAAAUUAUAAUGCCUCCAUCAGCAUUAGAACAACUAACUCGUCUUAAUAUUGAGUACCCAAUGAUUUUUAAGUUGACAAAUAAAAAAACGAAAAGGAUCACACAUUGUGGUGUUUUAGAGUUUGUUGCAGAUGAAGGGAGAGCCUAUCUACCCCACUGGAUGAUGACAAAUUUAGUACUAGAAGAAGGUUCAUUAUUACAAAUAGAAAGUGUAUCUCUACCUGUGGCUACAUUUUCAAAAUUUCAACCAUUGUCAGAAGAUUUCCUGGAUAUAUCAAAUCCAAAAGCAGUGCUUGAAAACUGCUUGAGGAACUUCUCAUGUCUGACAACAGGUGAUGUGAUUGCAAUCAAGUACAAUUCAAAGGUUUAUGAGCUCUGUGUCUUGGAAACUAAGCCUGGUAGUGCUGUUAUAAUUAUUGAGUGUGACAUGAAUGUUGAAUUUGCACCUCCAGUUGGCUACAAGGAAGAGGAACAUAUUUCAAGAAAUGAUGGUAAUGCUGACACAAGAAUGGAAGAAGAUAGUCAAGUUAUGAUGCCAGAACCAAGUGGCUUUGUAGCUUUUAAGGGUGAAGGCAAUAGAUUAGAUGGCAAGAAAAAAAAGUUAACAAGUGAGAGUGAUUCAGAGCCUCAGGCAUCAGGUUCAACAAGACAGAUGCCAUUUGUACGUGGUAUACCAGAUUAUGACUAUGUGAUUGGAACUUUAAAAUUUAUAAGAAAUUCUCGACCUUCAAAUUCAAGGGAAGAAGCACCUGCAGAACCAUUCCAAGCUUUUAAAGGAGAAGGGUUUACAUUAAGAACAGCUAAAUCUAAAAAUUAAAUUUCUCAACAAGGAUAUCUAUGUUCAAAUUAUUACUUUUAAGUCAUAAAUAAUUGUCUGCAUGACAAAACUUUUUAAAUGAGUAAAAUUAUACA